AUGAAGGCAGUCAUUGAGUGUGCAACAGAGGAUGAAUGCAAGUUGUCGGAGAUUGAACUACUUCAGUCUCGGCUUUCGAAAUUGCUACAGAAGAAAAGAUGUUUGAUUGUGUUAGAUGAUGUUUGGACGGAAGACCAGGAUGAUUGGGACAAACUAAGACCUUUGUUUAGAGGGGGUCUUGAUGGAUGCAAAAUCAUUGUCACCACCCGCAGUCAAAAAAUUCCAUUCAUGAUGGACUUCCCAAAGUCACCAUUUUAUUUAAAUGGUUUGAAGGAUGAUGAUUGCUGGUCUUUGUUCAAGCAUCGGGCAUUUGGAUGCGGAGAAGAAGAGAAGUAUCCAAAUCUUACACGGAUUGGAAAGGAGAUUAUCAAAAAAGUUGGAGGUGUGCCGUUAGUUGCAAAAAGUUUGGGAAGCUCAGUGCGCUUGAAAAGAGAAGAAAAACAGUGGUUAUUUAUGCGAGAUUGUGGACUCUGGGAAUUUAGAUGA